AACCAUUUGUUGUUAAACUAAGUGGUUAUCAUUUAUGGCACAAUAGGACAGUUAGUUUUAAAACCGACAGACACAUACAGAUCAAUGAAUUUAUUAAUACAAUUGGUGUCAAAACGGCUCAUAUGAUGGACAGUAGUAUAAUAGACGAUGCGUUGACUAAAUUUGUUCGCAUAAUUGUCUUUAACACCGAUAUAUGGUUGGCCUGUCAAGAGGUGUACACUGGGACGGCCUGUGUGGUCGAUGUCCAGCCCAAUGGUCGGACAGUGUUCACAACAUGUGCACACGUAACCAGACAGUCGAACAGUUGUUUUAUUAUUGAUCACCAAAACAACAAUAUCGGUGUCGGUCAGGUGCUGUAUAGCGAACCGCAACACGAUUUGGCACUUAUAGUGUUUAGCAAUGUAUCCAAUGUUGACCUAAAAGUGACCGACGUGUCUAUCGCAGAUUUUGGCGACCCAGUGCUGACCAUUGGUGUGCCGUCCACUUAUCACGAACAAUACGACUGGUUUCCAGGUUCUAUACAAUGUCCGGCCAGUUUAUUGUCUACCGAUGCAAUGCCUGUCUAUAUUCAACACUACAAAACUGUUGAUCAACCAAUGAUGCAUACAAGCGCCGAAAUGAUAUCGGGAAUGUCCGGCGGUCCCGUCCUCAACACCUCUGGCCAGUUGGUCGGCUACUCGUGUUGCAUUAAUGCGGCGCGCCGUUACUUUUUUGCCGGCACUGCCAAUGAGAUUAAAUCUUUCUAUGAACGGGCCAAUCAGUACAGUGUCGGACAGGUAGAUGUCCGGCUCCAACAGCACACAAUGCUUAUGGGACUUCAGCUACAGUUUCGGACAAUAAGAGCCAAUUUAAAUAUCAUUAACUAUACAGUGGCUGUACCUACAGUCGGCAAUGAACAACUUAUGUUCAACGAUGACAUCGAUGGAACAAUUGUUGAGAUCAAUGGACAACCGGUUCAGUCGUUGCGACAGUUUUUAGAUAUUAUAAGACAAUCAAGUGGUGAUAAUCAGGUGACAGUCAGGUCUAUUAAUCGGAGACUUCGCAAUGAUUUCAAUAGACAUAUUUGGGUCGACAAUCAAAUCAAUGCAUUUUCAUUAAUAUAA